UACAAUUCUGUUCGUCUAUGGUCAAUGUUUGAGUGAUUUGUCGCAAUAGCAAAUGUCAUAGUAUUUUUUGAGCUCAAUAAUAUCAGGAUGGCAGAAAACAGAGAGGAAAUUCUAGCAAAUUUUCAGGGUAUAACAGCCAUAGAAGAUGUUGCAGAAGCUAUAUACCACCUAGAAGAAGCAAAUUGGGACUUACUCGCGGCCAUCAACCGAGUGAUGCCACAGGAUGGGGCCAGCUCAGCGGCACAGGACAACGACACUCACGAUGUGGAGAUGAUAGACGAUGAUAUAUCUGUGAUAACACCAAAAACUCACCCACCAGACCGGGAAGACCGCAAUCAAGCAUCAACCUCAUCGCCUAAUUAUAAUUCCCAUGAACUAGUGGAACUACAAGUUCACUAUAACAAUAAAAUACAUGAAGUUAAAAUAUCCGGGGCGGCGACAGUCAGUGAUUUAAAGAAACAGUUGGAGUCGCUAUGCGGCGUGGCGGUGUGCCGGCAGCAGAUCUCUGGGCUGGGCGGGUCGCGCGCCACGGCCGCCGCGCCGCUCGCCACGCUCGGCCUGCCGCACAACGCCGUGCUCAGGCUCAAGGCGGCCGACACGCUCAUGGCCGACGACGAGGUUGCAGAAAGGUUAACGACAACAUACGUGCUUCACGUCAAAAUGGAUGACAAAGAGUAUACGCUGAAGUACCCGGGUACCAAGACAGUGCAAGAGGUCAAGAACGACAUAUACUCGCUCACAGACAUACCAUCCAGACAUCAGGUAUGGACAGGCUGGCCUACAGUAACAGGUCUGGACGAGACAGUCCUGGCGAUGGUCGGCUUGGACCUGCCGCAACACGAGCUCACCGUCAAGCGCGCUCCCACCAAACAGCAGAAGGAAUACAAAAGGGUAAAUACGAUAAUAGUGGAGAGUUCGGACAGUGAAAACAGUUCAGUCGAGGAGAUUGAGGACACGGCGGAGGGCUACACCGGCGAGGACGACAUGUUCGUCGACCUCGUGCAGUCCGAGAGGCUGCAGCCGCUCAUGUCUGAGCACGUGGAGGACGAGGCCCUGGGCUGCAUCGAGUUCGCGGCGCGGUUCCGCUCCCGCUACGGGCCCAACACGCCCAACUUCUUCGAGGGCACGCUGCAGGACGCCAUCAAGGAGUCCUGCCUCAAACCUGCCAAAGAGAGAAAACUACUAGGCCUAUAUCUUCACCACGAGCAGUCCGUGCUAUCCAACGUGUUCUGCGCGCAGCUGCUCGGCUGCGAGGCGGUGCUACAGACCCUGGCCGCCAACUUCAUAGUCUACGGCUGGGAUCUAUCGCAUCCCGAUAAUAACAAUAUGCUAUUAACAUCAGUAGCGACAGCCCUCGGCCCGGUGGCCAGCAUGACGAUACGCAGCAUCCCCGUGGACCGCCUGCCCGCGCUUGUCAUCAUCAUGCGAGUGCGGUCCAACACAGAGAUAUACUCCGUUAUCAAUGGUAACGUGGGUGUGUCGGAGUUGCUGGGCGGGCUGGUGGAGGCCCUGGAGCGGUUCAGCGCGGCGCGCGAGGACGAGGCGCGGCUGGAGCGCGAGCGGGACGCGCGCCAGCGGGUCAAGCGGGAGCAGGACGAGGCCUACCAGCGGAGCCUCGAGGCCGACAGAGCUAAAGAAGAAGUUAAAAAACAACAAGAAUUAGAAAGAAAUCAAGAAUUGGAAAGAGCAGAAUCAGAAAGGCAACUAGAAGAAGCAAAGAAAGAGGCGGAGCGUCAGACAGCAGCGCGGCGCGUGCCGGCCGAGCCGGCGGGCGCGGGCGCGGGCGACGUGGCGCGCAUCCGCGUGCGCCUGCCGCCGCCGCACCACCACUGCCUCGAGCGACGCUUCCACGCCAGCGACACGCUCGCCGCAUUAUUAGACUUCCUGGCAUCAAAAGGUUACCCACAGGAACAAUAUAAAGUCAUCUCUAGCUGGCCUAGGAGAGACCUCACGAUGGAAUCUCACAGCAGUACACUGAAGGCGUUAAAGCUGUACCCGCAGGAGACAGUCAUGCUCGAAGAGCGGUGAAACGAGCAGCUAGCCCCGCGCCGCGGCCGCGCUCACCACACGACACUCCGCGCAUUACCCCACCACACAGAUUAGUAAACCGAUGGAACUUACGCGAACAUUCACUCACUAAAUACCUACCUACUACAUUUUAAAAGAGUUAUUGUCAACUACCCUGGUUUGUGUAGAAUUUCGAAUUUAAAUUUGUUUAUUUUUAGUCAGCUUUAAAUCGAACUAUAUUGUAGUGUGUUUAGAUUUUAUAACAGAUUUAAUUGUGCCUCUCAGUCACUGCUAACAUAUGGGUUUUUAUGCCAGUUUUGUGGUAGAUUUACAAACCGAUGCUCGAUUCUCUAAGGUAGAUGUUUCGAUUAUUUUUAGUCAAGUGCGGGUACGCUUCUUUAAAUGACUCGGACUUCAUUAUGAAGUAAAUGUUUAAUCUAAAUUGAGCAAGUUCGUGUUAGCACUCCAAAUGUUUACUAAUCUGUGACACCAAUAGCUAGUGCCUCUGUUGAGGCCUUUAUUCAAUAUAUGUAACUUCCUUCGAGGCGCUCUCGUAUUCUCCAUUUAAAACUGCACGGAUAUUGACGGGAUUUACUUCAUUAAGGAUUACAAACAGUGCAUGAAAUGAAAGUAUUUCAAAGAAAAUUUUCAUUUUGAGAACAAUUUUAAUAUUAUCGAUUCAAUUUUAGCGCCAUCACACACCCAAAUUAAUAUUGUAUUAUCAACCUUAGAAAUAAUAAUCUUUAAGGUGCAGUUAAAGGCAUUUACAAAUCGAGGCGGCCUCGAACGAAGUCAUUACAGUUAACAUGAAUUUUUAUAUUUUAUGCCAAGAUGCAGCUAUCUACACACCAAUGGUAACAGUUCGGGCAACACCCUUAUGUCAAAGGAAAUAAGGACCUUUUUUGCUACUCAUUGGUGCCUAUCAUCUUAAAAAAAAACGAUUCCGCAUAAGACUUCAGCUUUUCUAAUUUGUCUUAAUUUUAAUAUGAGAAACUGAAGAACUUACGCAACUUAUAUCGAAAUUAAAUGAAUCUGUCUUAAACUGAACAGAAAUUUUAUUUUCUGUUAAGUCUAGACAAAGAUAAUAAAUCAAAGACAAACCUCCUUUUAUAUUAGAAUUACAAAAAUACAAUAUAAUUGUUAUUGAAUAAUGACAACACAUGAAGUUUACCACCCCAUAUCAAGUACCCAAUGUAAUGAAUAAAAACUAUCUCUUACUUCGGUCUGUUACCAAAACAGGUGUGUAUCACUACCAAAUUAACUAGUUCUGCAACAACUAGUUGCGGAUUAACUAUUACCGUUAUGCUAUUUAAAUUUUUAUAAUAUUGUGCAUAUAAAUAUACAUAAUGCGAUGCGUAGUAGCCGCGGCGCCCCCCGCUGCCAGUGAGCUUCAUCGGACAACCGUCAUAUGAAUGGACACUUUAUAUUCAGUGCAGCGUUGUACCCUCAUUUAUAAUUAUAUAAAUGGCCGUUAGCUUAAUAUUGUACAUUGAUUGUUCGGGGUAAGGCAAGCUGUUGAAGAUAGAGGCCAGUGACGUCAUAAACCUACAUCACAAUGUUUUUUAAUUGAGACUUAAAGCUAAGUUUUUAUUUAAUAUUCUAAUACGCCAUUAUCUUCAAAGCUUGCCUUCAAUUUUACGUGAACUUGUGUUGUGGCCGGCCAGCCGUGUCCUGGCCGGUUCGCUGUAUUAUAUACAUACAUGAUAAUAGUUUAAAUUAUUAUGAACGUGGAAUAUCCGUACUGUUUUGGAUGUUUGUAAUUUUUUCACGUAUCCAACAGGAGUGUAGGCGAGGUAGAUAUGUACCCAAAUAAAUAAACAGAUGGAGAAA